AACAAUGCUUUCUAUUUACAGUUUAUUGGCAUCUAUCAAUUAUUUAAUCUUUUGCAUUUUCCUAUUUACAUGAAAUAAACGCACAUAUUAAAUUUAGAGUAAAAAAUUUAGAGUAAUUCAUAUUCUCCUUAAAGGAUAUCUGUUGAGAUCUACAUCAAAUAAACCGCAAAUAAAGACAUCAAUUUCAAUCUACAAACAUGAUUAGAAGUGACUCUGGUCGGAGUAUUCAUUGGAUUAAAGCCAUACCUCUGGUAUUAAGUUUUUUUCUUGCUGUUGGCGGAAUCUUCUUUUUUAUAUGGCAAAGUAAUUACAACGCCGUAAUGUCUGCUCUGUAUUUAGAAAUCGUCUGUAUUUGCCUAUUGCGGAUGAACGUCUACUAUGUACGGAAUCAACUCGAAGAAAAAGCUUCCCUCAGAACGUUAAGAAUCAUGAAACUGUUAGCUCUAAUUGGUGGCAUCAUAUUCUCAUUCAAUGCAAUUGGUGAUAUUGUUCUUGCCCUCAUGAAGAAACAAGAUUUUCGGUGGGAAUACGAUGGGUAUUACGCAUCUGCCAUUCCAGCUUUUCUCGGAGCUUUCUGGUCGUUUAUACUUUUUUUUGAUUGCAAGAAAUUUGAAUCUACUUACGUGCAACCGGUGUACUUACCAAAUAUGUAAUAUAUUUUCAUUAAAAAAUUUUUUUUGGUGA